GAUCUGUGCACAGGACUGCAGGGGUUCCUCGUCUUCCACAGUUUUGGGGAUGGGACCAGCUCCGGCUUUACUUCCCUCCUGAUGGAAAGACUCUCUGUCGACUACGGCAAGACAUCCAAGCUGGAGUUUUCCAUUUACCCUGCUCCCCAGAUCUCCACUGCGGUGGUCGAGCCAUACAAUUCUGUUCUGGUCACCCACUGCACCCUCGAGCACUCUGACUGCACCUUCAUGGUGGACAAUGAGGCCAUUUAUGACGUCUGUCAGCGUAACCUGGACAUUGAGAGACCAACCUACACCAACCUCAACCAUCUUAUUGGACAGGUAGUGUCGUCCAUCACGGCCUCGCUCCGGUUCGACGGUGCCCUCAAUGUGGACCUGACUGAGUUCCAAACCAACCUGGUCCCAUAUCCCCGCAUCCACUUCCCUCUGGCAACCUUCGCGCUCCUUAUUUCAGCCGAGAAGGCUUACCACGAGCAACUCUCGGUGCCGGAGAUCACCAACGCCUGCUUUGAACCAGCCAACCAGAUGGUGAAGUGUGACCCUCGCCAGGGCAAGUACAUAGCUUGCUGCAUGUUGUACCGGGGAGAUGUGGUGCCCAAGGAUGUGAACGCCGCCAUCGCCACCAUCAAGAGCAAGCGCUCGAUCCAGUUUGUUGAAUGGUGCCCGACUGGGUUCAAGGUUGGCAUCAACUACCAGCCCCCGACAGUGGUACCAGGGGGUGACCUGGCCAAGGUGCAGCGGGCCCUCUGUAUGCUGAGCAACACCACCGCCAUUUCCUUGGCUUGGACCCGCCUGAACCUCAAAUUCGAUAAGAUGUACGCCAAACGGGCCUUUGUCCACUGGUACGUGGGGGAGGGUCUGGAGGAAGGGGAGUUCCAGGAUGCACGGGAAGACAUGGCCUCACUCGAGAAGGAUUAUGAAGAGGUGGGGAUCGAUUCUUCAUCACUGGACAGAAAGGGCGAAGAGGAAGAAUAA